AUGCCCUCCAUGAAUGCCGCCAGCGAGCGGAUCACCAAGAAGUUCAUCGGUGCAGUCGAAGACGAGUGGCGGCUCUACAGCGACGACUCCAAAGACUACACGCUCGGUGCGCCCAUAGGCUUUGGUGCAUCGUCCACCGUCUAUACCGCCGACUUCCAUCCACCGGAUGCGCCAAAUCCCAUCCCUUGCGCAAUCAAGGUCCUUGAUCUCGACCGCCUGCCCCCCUCAACUCUUCGUCUCCUCCAACGGGAGACCCAGCUCAUGUCCCUCUCUAAGCACCCAAACGUGCUGCGUGUGCGAGGGACAUGGAUGCAGGGGCACAAGCUCUACAUCUCCAUGCGACUCAUGAAUGCCGGCAGUGCCGUAGACGUAAUGCGCUAUGCGUGGCCGGGCGGCAUGGAGGAGGAGGUCGUGAAGUGCAUCUUGAAACAGGCUCUGGAAGGGCUCGACUACCUGCACACGAAUGGGCUCAUGCACCGCGAUAUCAAGCCGGCCAACCUGUUGAUUGAUGAUGACGGCACCGUGCUGCUAGGAGAUCUCGGCGUCGCCGCAUUUUUGUGGGAUGCGGAGGAUACACCUCCUGCGCCCGCGCUGCCGACCGUCCAAAUCCAUAAACGUGCCCCGACUUCGCCGCGUCUCGUCCAUUUGCACCACCCUCACCCUCAUGGCCACGUACACCACCACCCUCACCAUCACCCGCAUCACCACCUACACACUCUUCAUACCACCCCGCCUCGACUGACGAAACGCAAGUCGUUCGUUGGCACGCCAUUAUACAUGGCCCCGGAGGUCAUCAAUGGCAAAGCCUACGAUGCAUCCGCAGAUAUCUGGUCAUUUGGUAUCACUGCCUUAGCGCUCACCCAAGGACGCGCGCCACGUUCGCUCGUCUCCACCAAGACUGCCUUGCUCCAAACCGUGCGCGAUGCCGCCCCGCAGCUCGACCGCACAGACGGCGUGCACACCUACUCCCGCGCGCUCCAGGAGGUCGUCGCGCGCUGUCUCGAGAAGGAUCCAAGCAAGCGCCCGACCGCUGCUGAGCUGCUUGCCAUGCCGAUCUUCAAAAGUGCGAAGAAGAAGAGCUUCCUGGUUGGCGCAAUCCUACAAGGCCUGCCCCCACUCACGAGCCGCAUGGAGCGCAGACGACAGCCGUCGGACCUGACCCGCGCGACGAUGGAGAGCUGGGACUUUGACGCAAGCAUCACGAGCCCGCCGCUCGCGAGCCCAUCUGUGAGCGUGUACAGCCGGCGCAAGUCCAUGCCUCCUGUCGACCCCGUAGCGAUAGAGUCGGAAGAAGAGGAAGAAGAGGAAGCAGGGUAUGAUGCUGAUGAUAACGCGGAGGUGCGGGAGGUGAUUGGUCCCAAGGGCGACGAGCGGCGGACGAGUGCAGAGCUGUACGCGUUGCGCGUGCGCGGUCGGCCCGGGCGCCCACACAAUGUGCGCUCACCCUCCUGGGCGGACGCCGACCACCACAGCACGCACCCGGCGCCCAUCAUGGAGGUAGACAUCCCCGCUCAGCCCUCGUCGUCGCCGUCCUCUUCGUCCGAGUCCGAGUCGGAGCAGGAGCCACUGAAGGCGACGCUGUCGAUCCCGACGCCCGUUUUGUCGUCCUCACCCUCCUCCUACACCUCCGAGACGAGUGACUCUGUCGCGACGGGACGCCAGCGCCCCGUCCUCGCGCCCGUUAUCACCACUAAGCGGCAGAGCUCGCCUGCGCCCGCUUCGUCCGGGCUCUGGCGGCGGCUCACCGCACGCAAGGACGGGCCGGGAGGAAAGACGCCCCGCCGCGGAUCGUUCGGCGGCGGCAGCGGCAGCGGCAGUGAGAAGGACAGCCCGACCGGCGUGGGCCUCAUGCGCCGCAAGACGAUGGCGAUGCUCGGUCGCUCUGUGAGUGGUCCGGGGGCACCUCCUAACAGUGCGCCUGCGGUCGAUGGUGGCGGUACUGGCUUCGCAGCGAGGCAGGGUAGUAUUGGCAGAUAG